GAGGUCACCACGUGUACAUAUUGAUUUGAGACUGGCCUUUGAGUCAGCCCCUUAGAAUCUGCUGCUUUAUAAAGAGGAACACUCACAGAAGCAAUCUAAACACAGCUUGAUCUCUUCUGCUCUUGUCUCCAAAACAGAAAAUCACUGCAAACAUGAAAUUGUACCUGGCAAUUGCUGUGCUGGUGCUGGCUUUCGUGGCCUACACAGAGGCGCAAGAAGUUACUAUGGAGGAGAGGUUUAACAAUUUGGGCCAGCAGAUGAGCGAGUUUGGAAAGACCGUAGCUGAGAAGGCAAAGACUGCGCUCGAUGGUUUGAACAACAAUGAAAAUGUGCAGAAAGCCAAAAGCUGGUUCCAGGAACAGUUCCAGAAGAUGCAGGAACAUUUUAACUAAGUCCGUGUUCACGACUUCUGACCCCUUCAGUUUAAUCUAUGCAUUUUGACAGAAUGUGAUCGUAAUUGCAAUGAUAUAUGUUACUAAACUGUGGAACUUUAAGCAAUAGAAAUCAUUAAAUGUUGUCGUUUUUUA